AUGACAUCUGAACACACCAACAAUUUCACUGCUCUACCAGGACAUACAGACCCGUUGACAAGCUGCCAGGAUGAAGAUUUCUUACAGGUGAAAUUCUAUCUCUCCAUCUUUUAUGGCCUAGUCUUCCUGGUGUGCUUCCCAGGGAACAUCAUGACAAUUUUUGUUUACUUUGCCAAGAUGAGGCCCUGGAAAAGUAGUACCAUCAUUAUGUUAAACCUGGCUGUCACUGACCUAUUAUACGUAGCUACGCUUCCUUUCUUUAUACACUACUCUGCUAACGGAAAUGACUGGAUUUUUGGAAACUUCAUGUGCAAGUUUAUUCACUUUUGUUUCUACUUCAACCUGUACAGUGGUAUUAUCUUCCUUAGCUACUUCAGCCUCUUCCGCUUUUUUGCAGUUGUCCAUCCAAUUAAAGCCCUUUUUAUUCAAAAACAGAGAUGGGCAGUUGUGGCUUGUGUAGUUGUUUGGAUUAUUUCCCUGGCAGCCAUCAGCCCCUUGGGCAUCUUGAUUGCCACUAGGCACAAGCAGAACAGGACAAUUUGCCCGGAUUUGGCUGCUGCUGAGGACGUUGACACUACUCGGUGGUAUAACUGGCUGCUGACGAUGUUUGCCUUCUUCUUGCCCUUGCUGAUGGUGACUCUGUGCUACGUGCUUAUAAUUUACACCUUGGCCACAGGGCCCCACGUGCAGGCUUGCUACAAACAAAAGGCUCGCAGACUUGCUGUUGUCCUCUUGGUGGUCUUCUAUGUGUGCUUCUUCCCCUUCCAUGUCUUUCGAGGAAUUCGUCUGGAGCUCCGAGUACGCCCAGUUAGCUGCCGCUUGAAGAACAUGGUCCUCUUUAUGUUCAUUAUAGCUAAACCUUUAGCAGCGUUAAAUACUUUUGGGAACUUACUGCUCUAUGUAGUGACAGGAGACAACUUCCAGCAGGCAAUCGUCUCGCUCCUCAAGUUUCAGACAAAGAAGACCUUGAAGUAG